AUGGACCCCAAUGACUUGCCUCAGGUUCUUCUUGCAAAGCGGAAACUGGAUGGAAAAUUCUAUGCUGUCAAAGUGCUACAGAAAAAAAUAGUUCUCAACAGGAAAGAGCAAAAGCAUAUUAUGGCUGAACGCAAUGUGCUCUUGAAGAACGUGAAGCAUCCGUUCUUGGUUGGAUUACACUAUUCUUUCCAAACAACUGAGAAGCUUUAUUUCGUUCUGGAUUUUGUUAAUGGAGGGGAGCUGUUUUUCCACUUACAAAGAGAACGGUCUUUUCCUGAACACAGAGCGAGGUUCUAUGCUGCUGAAAUCGCCAGCGCCUUGGGUUACCUGCACUCCAUCAAAAUAGUGUACAGAGACUUGAAGCCAGAAAAUAUUCUUUUGGAUUCAAUGGGGCAUGUUGUCUUAACAGAUUUUGGGCUUUGCAAAGAAGGAAUUGCUAUUUCCGAUACCACCACAACCUUUUGUGGGACACCAGAGUACCUUGCACCUGAAGUGAUUAGAAAACAGCCCUAUGACAACACCGUGGAUUGGUGGUGCCUGGGAGCUGUUCUCUAUGAAAUGCUAUACGGACUGCCUCCUUUUUACUGCCGGGAUGUUGCUGAAAUGUAUGAUAAUAUUCUUCAUAAGCCCCUGAACUUGAGGCCAGGCGUGAGCCUCACAGCGUGGUCCAUUCUGGAAGAACUCCUAGAAAAAAACAGGCAGAAUCGACUUGGUGCCAAAGAAGACUUUCUUGAAAUCCAGAAUCAUCCCUUUUUUGAAUCACUCAGCUGGACUGACCUUGUACAAAAAAAGAUCCCACCACCAUUUAAUCCUAAUGUGGCCGGCCCAGAUGACAUCAGGAACUUUGACCCAGUCUUCACGGAAGAGGCGGUUCCCUAUUCUCUGUGUGUGUCUUCUGACUAUUCCAUAGUGAAUGCCAGUGUUCUGGAGGCAGACGAUGCAUUUGUUGGUUUUUCUUACGCCCCUCCUUCAGAAGACUUAUUUUUGUGAACAGUUUGACAUUCAGAAACCAUUGGACAAAUAAAUUCAAGCCUGCGGAGGAGACAGAAACGCCAAUUUGUGUGAAUAUAUUCAACUAUGUAUAACAGUGCCUCAUUUUUACAUGUAAUGUUAAAAACUAUGAAAUAUGUAUUUUCUGCUGUAAGCCAGAAAUAGGGCAUUUCAAAGAGCUGAGUUUUGAACUGAAAUUUGUAUUCUUGUUUAUUAAGCUUAUUUUUAAACAAAAAAUUAAAGCUAUUAUUCUUAGCAUUAA